GUCGAGGGUCCGGCUCUUCCCUUCCUCGUUUGUUUACAUCAACUUCAAAACAUGACGAAAGUCCCGUGCUGAAAACCUUUAGAAUUAUUCAUUUCUCUUGCGAUCAUGGUCAACAUAGAGGACUUUGAGCUUGUCAGUGGAAAGGCGCUGUGGGGUGUCAUAUGCGGCACAUAUGUUCUCCCUUCAGAUGAGGUUGUUGGUGCAGAGCUCCAGCUGGCAGUAGAGCACCUCCGGCAUGGCCUCUCAGCUUAUACCGACCCCAGUGGGGAUCACUAUGAGAAAUGGGAGAAAACCGCACAGGUGUCCAAGGCAGAGAAGGCGUUUGUCAAGAAGCUGUCAGGUGCUUUUGAAACUCUCAGCGACACACAGCUGGCAGAUGUUCCAGCUGUUCCUCCUGAAUGAGUACCGAGGGGCUGAGGCCUCACUCUCUGAAGUUUUGGCCAGCCAGCGCGAUGAGGAGACCUUCUUGGGCAAGCUUUGGAACUUCUACUUGGCGGACCGACUCCACCUCAUCCGCUGCCUAAGACAUGUAGUGGCCAACACAGCUAACCCACAGCACCCAUACCAGAGUCUGUUCCACAACUUCAUGCAAGAUGUCCUGGACAAAGACGGCACCCUUGGGGAGAGCCUUGUCAACCAGGUAAUGCUGUGCACUAAGAUGGCCCCACCCACACCCCAGUCCCACGGCCCACACCUCCCUCCACAUGGCCCCACGACCUGGCUGGCGCACCACCUGGCCGAGCUGCGUGAGGUGCUGGCCACGCUGCUUGUCUACUAUGGGAGCACAUCACAGUCACCAACUCCUGAAACAUUUCUCAAACUAGUUCAGUUGGCACAGGGAGGUGGCCUUGGAGGACGGCCAGAGAUUCAGGAGGGCAUAAGGGAAAGUCAUGCCCCACUGGUUGAAGCUCUCGAUGGUGCCCACGUCCUGCUCCUAACCCUCAUCAUCAAUGCUGACUCACCCAUCAGUGACAAUAAACUCUGUGAUAGUGCCUGGGUCAAGAAGCUAGACCCCACCAUGGCUGGCUUGGGAGCCCGUACACCCCACCUGGCCCCCUUGCUGGCUUGGGCUGUCCUACAGCUCAGGGCAUCUGAUGGGGGACCAAAAGGCAACCCAAGGAUGUACAACAAGCUAGCACAAAGAGCCGUCCAUGGCAACGUGUUUGCCUACCUCCAGACGGCACUCAAUAAUACGUCAAUACAGGGAGAUGAACUGCUAGUGCGGCUUGCAUCUUCAGUCGUGUAUUCCCUCAUGUGUGCUGCGGCAGGAUGCCUUGACCUAGAGCGAAUGGGAUGCCUUUCUGUCCUUAAUACCCUGGCCAAGAGGUGCCUUGCUCAAGACCCUCCAGCACAACUCUUUUGGGCUGAGGAAGGUGGUGGAGCUGGACUGUUACUGCCACAGGCAAUAGAGGUUUUCCCCUACGAUGUUCAACCCUUGCUGUCCCUCAUGAGUGCUCUGGCUGUUGCAAAUACAGAGAGCUGCCAGAAGGUAAUAGAACUUCUGACAGAGCUGCCAAACCUAUCCUGGGUGCUGACGCAAAGUGACCAGAGGAGCAUUCAGAUCAGAGGCAAUGACUGCAUAACCACAGCUCCUCUGCAGGUCCUUCCGUCAUUGACCAUUGGAGCAGACACACGUGGCACCUUGAUCUCCACAAACCCUCCUGUUGUAUCCUGGCACAUGCCCACAAAUGCAUGGCAAGCUCUUUUGGGGGUCAUGAAACUUCUUGAUGAAGAGGUAAGUGGAGGGGCAAGCAUUCCCGACCAGAAGCUCAUGGACACAGUAUCAGCUACGCUCCGCCUUCUGGCUUCCCUCUUGACUACACUCCCCGAUCAUCUGCCAGCAUUCAUCCACUUCAUCCAGCAGACAAUAGUGCUGUUACGCAGAAUAUCUCAAGUCAGUCGGCCACCGGGACAGCUGGUAGCAACACUCAUGGAGUUUCUGACAGAGGUUUCAACACAGGACCCUAAGUUGGUGUGGAAUGAACUUGAGAGCUGCCCUCUCCUACCCUUCCUUGCUGCCCCACACAAAUCUGGUGGGUUGACUGGAACAAAGAAAGGGAAAGUAGACCCCUUCCUUGGGUAUCGUGCUGGUGCCCUCAGAGCCCUAGUCUGCGGUGAAGAGGCAGCAACUGGGAAAUACCCCAUCCUGAGCUCCUAUACGCGCUUAUUGAUUUGUGGUGUGAAGGAUGGCUUCAGCAGUGGGAGUGUAAACGGGGGUGUGGUGUUUGUAGCAAGGGAGGUGACCGGAGCCUUGCUAAGAUGGUGCUACAAUUCCCAAGAAGAGAGAGACACUGUCCUUAAUCUCUGUCUGGCCCUUCUUCACCACACUCUAGAGGCCUCAGACAUAGAUACCAGUGUUCGUGACUUGGUGGUCAAACAUUUGGUGGAUAGUAGCAGUGCCUGGGCAGACUCUGCUGUCAGUGGUAGUUGGUGGAGCUAACUUGGAGAUAGCUAUCAACCACCCAAUGCACUCACCCAUCUCCACCCAUGCGCACAGACUCACACGAACGGCCCAGAUGGCUCUCUCCAUCUUGCACAGGCUUGUAGGCGAAGACACCAGCAUGGACGGACUAAAUCAGCUUCUCCGUGCAGCUCCAACCCCCAAUACACCUCUGAGUGGAGGACGCUUGCAUAGUAGCACCUCCCCUCAUUUGGCUUUGACUGUUGCUUUGUAUGCACA